CUGUAGGAGUCACUGAACCGGAAAUGCUGGACGACUGACGGAGCUUAUCGUAGGGAAAGCUCUGUAAAGGAUUGCAUCAGUUAUCGGACGGAUCGUUCGCGYCGUGUCAUCACAUUUGUAACAAUGGUGAAGAUUUUUGUGGGAAAUUUGCCUCAAGAGGCGACCGAGGAUGAAAUCCGAGGGCUUUUUGCAGAGUAUGGUACAAUCACUGAAUGUGCUAUUGUGAAAAACUUUGCUUUUGUCCACAUGGACGAUCGCAAGGCUGCCACCAAAGCCAUCCGGAGUCUUCACCUGCACAUGCUUCACGGCACGCCGAUCAACGUAGAGGCCAGCCAUGGCAAGAACCAAGGUCCAGUCAAGCUUCAUAUUGCGAAUGUAGAGAAGGGAUGUGAUGAGGAGCUCCGCACUCUCUUUGAGGAGUACGGUACAGUCACAGAGUGUGCUAUUGUUAAGAAUUUUGCCUUCGUUCACAUGCCYAACUAUGACGAAGCCAUGGAUGCCAUGAAGGGACUGGAUAACACAGAGUUUCAAGACAAACGCAUUCAUGUUCAGAUUUCAAAGAGUCGUCCCAGAUAUGAAGAACUUGAAGAAUACCCACCUCCUCCACCAGACCGAGGCGGCUACUGGCCUCCACGGUAUCCAGGAGAGCGGCCUGAGCCUCCACCGCCCAGCUACAUGAGGGGCCGCAUUAUGCCCCCAGGUUAUCCCGCUCCUCCCCCUCUGCCACCCCCUCUCCCCAGACGAGCUGUUUAUCCAGUGUCUCCCUAUGAGAGUGACAGGGACAGGUACAGCGUGGUAGAUUACUACGAGAAGUAUAGGGCCCGUCCGUAUGCUGUCUCUCCUUAUGAGACCCAGCGUACCGGUAUCCCACCUCCUCCGCCUCCCCCGUCAACCGUCGCCCGAGACCGUCCACUGAGCUCGUCGCUUGACCCAUACGAGCGUCGGCCCCUUCCACCACCACCACCGCCGCCCCCUCACCCGUCAUCGUACUACGCCCGAGAUCGCAGCCCCAUCAGGAGGGUGCCUAGCACACCUUUGCCCCCUCCCAGUAACGGCUACUCUUACGAGCGAUCUGCAUAUGGAGUUCCACGUGCGAGGGACCCCUACGCAGACAGGCUGCCUCCGCCUCCGCCACCACCUCCACGCUACGCUUAUUAAAGUGAAACGUCGACUUUUAAAGGAACGUUGUCUGAUGCGUCGUCGCCUGCCGCCUUCGGAUGCACGUGACUCUACUUCCUGUUUGUGACUGAGCGCGUUACGUUUCUCUGCGACGCUCACAAGAAGAACUGAUUUCUCGACGUCCCUGUCGGUUAAUUUGUUUUUAUGUAGGAGUCGUUUUACUCCCACCCACUCAUUGUUUUUGUGUGUAAUUACUGUUGUAUUUUUACUGUAUUUUUAUUGGUUGACGUCUCGAUCGGGCAGAACCUAUUUCAGUUAUUUCGCUUGCUUAACACUAGUGUUGUGUGUAGAUAUUAGCACCAAUUUAAAGACGGAACUUGAUUUUUGUACACGACCUAACAUGCACGUUGGUUCCAUCAUGUAAGUUUUCCUUAAAAAUUCUAAACCUCUGUGGCGUUGCUGUGGAAAUGUAAGAUGUAGAAGUUAGAAAAGUAAAUGUAAGUGUUAAUUGGAUACUGUACACGUUGCGUCAACAAUGUGUAUUGUUAAAACAAAACCAAAACGCGUUUGUGUAGUUUCCAAAUGUAGUCAAAGAUGCUCAGCUCUUAAGUCCUCUGUUACUGUUAUCAUUUGAAAUGCAUCAAAUACAGUUUUAGGAUUUCCUUUUUCUUGAUAAAAUAAAUGGCAGGCUUCCCAAAAUCGUCA